AUGGUCUACAUCCUGCUUUGGAUCGACCCAUACGGAUUUGAAAGGCCUGAAGACUUUGAUUAUGCAUCUUACGAGGAGUUUUUUUCCACCUAUCUGGUAAUACUCACUAGAAGAGCCAUAAAAUGGUCUAAACUUUUAACAGGAAGUAGUCGUGUCCAGAAAAGUAUGAAAGUGAAGCGCUACAUCCGGAAAGGGGUCCCGUUUGAGCACCGGGCACGUGUCUGGAUGGGAGUGAGCGGAGCCCAGGCACAGAUGGAACAGAAUCCUGGCUAUUACCACCGACUUCUCCAGGGAGAGCAGAACGACAGCCUGGAGGAGGCCAUCCGGACAGAACUGCUGGGAAUGAACUUUAUCGCAGGCUAUCUGCUUCUCAUAACAAAGAAUGAAGAAGAAUCCUUUUGGCUGCUAGAUGCUCUUAUUGGAAGGAUAUUACCCGACUACUACAGCCCAGCAAUGCUGGGCCUGAAGACGGACCAGGAGGUGUUGGGUGAACUCGUGAGGAUGAAGAUGCCUGCGGUGGCCGACCUGCUGGAGGGGCACGGGGUGCUGUGGACCUUGGUGGUGUCCCGCUGGUUCAUUUGCUUGUUCAUCGACAUCCUGCCUGUGGAGAAAAUAUUUUCAGAACCCGGAAGCUUAUCCAUGACAACUGUCACCAAGCUUCGAGAGCGCUGCCGCGCAAAGCUGCUCACUCAAGGAUAAGUCCUGGUCUCCCCUGCACAUUCCUCCACUCGCACCGACAAGGAAUCUGCCGCCCGGAGCGGACACACUCGCCCAGUUGUACCUGCUUAACAUCCUAGCGUUGUAAAUACUGUCUACGCACGUUAGCCGUGAUCUCCCCACCCCGCCCCAAGAGCGAUCCCCAAUCAUGUCAUUCUAGGACUCUUAGGAGUCAUCAUUUCUAAAGAAAAAAGUAUUUUUACCUGAGACAACAAUAAUAAUAUAUAACACGA